AGAGUCCGUAUAGAGAGAAACAAAUUAAAAUGAAUGAAUUAACUAAAAUUAUGAAUACUAAUUUUAUUAUUACAGCGUGGAAUUAGAGAAGAGACAAUGGCCUCCCAUUCUUGGAUUUGUGUGUUGGUUGUUUGUGACAUCUCUUUCCUCCCCCUAUAUUCGCGUUCAGCUUUGUUUGGAUCAUGGGAACACCCGAAUUCCCAGAUCUAGGCAAGCAUUGUGCUGUUUCUCAUUGCAGACUCAUCGAUUUCUUACCCUUCACAUGUGAUCGUUGUAAUCAGGUAUAUUGUUUGGAGCACCGAAGUUAUAUAAAACAUCAUUGUACAAAACCCAACAAAAAUGAUAUCACAGUUGUUAUAUGUCCACUUUGUGCCAAAGGGGUUCGCCUAAUUCCUGAUAAAGAUCCAAAUAUAGUUUGGGAGAAUCAUGUCAACACAGAUUGUGACCCAUCAAAUUAUGACAAAGUCACAAAGAAGAAAAAGUGUCCUGCCCCAGGAUGCAGAGAGACCCUAGUAUUCUCAAACACAAUCAAGUGUAGGGAUUGUGAGGUAGAACAUUGUUUGAAGCAUAGGUUUGGAGCUGAUCACAAAUGUUCUGGUCCCAAAAAAUUGGAAACAAGUUUUUCAUUUAUGAGUAGUCUUUUGAAUAAUAGGAGUAAUAGUAAAGAAGAUUCAAAACCCAAUUCAUCUAAAUGGACUUCAAGCCUUAUUGACUUGGCUUCUAAAUUGGGUGGUGAAAUUAACCAAGCAUGGCAAAGUUUUCAAGUGGAGGAGAAGUGUCCUCAAUGUAGUGCAAAGUUUUCAUCAGUUACUAGUUUGGUGGAUCAUGUGAAAAAAGUUCAUCAAGUAAAGAAGGUGCCAAUUUCUGCUUGUCCUAAGUGUAGUAAAGGUUUUUUGGACCCUGCUUCUCUUGUGAAGCAUGUUGAUAGGGAUCAUGGUGGUAGUUCUUGAGUGAGUAUAAGUGUAGAGAUAAAAGAAGAAUCAAAUUUUAAGUUGAUGGAAUGACCAAGUUUGUAAUCAUUAUUUUGUACUAUUUUGAUAGAAAAAGGUUGUGUGAAUAAGAAUUUGAUAGAAAUUGUUGCACAUAGAAUA